AUUAAAUAUAUUUUAUGAAUUACGUUAUAAAAUAGUUUUACUGGUAGAAUCCAGCUAGCUAACUCUUGGAGACGCUCGAUACUAUUUUGAAAAGCUAUAACCGGACGUUCAAGCUACUUGUUAUUGGACAGUCCCAGCUAGCUUGACAACCGUGUCCCGCUUCCAUCCAGUGUAAAAACACAGCUUGUGAUCAGGACUAAUGGAGACAACAGGAGUUUGUGAGAUCGAUGUGGCGACCAGAAGAAUAGUGGGAGGCAGUGACUCCCCCCCCGACCUGGACAGCCCCUGCCAGGAGGAGGUUGCAGAGUUUGGUUUGGGGCUGUGCUGUGCUGAGGAGGAGAGGGGGGAGACUCCAGGCCGAGAAGACAGUCCCAGCGACCUUGGGGAGGCAGAGCUGGACCCCGGAGGAGACCUCCAGGCUGGAGAGGACAAGUCUUUUGGCAAGGAGGUUGUUCUUUUGAUGCAGGCACUCAACUCCCUAGCCACUCCUGAGGAGAAACUAGCCGCUUUGUGCAAGAAAUAUGCAGACCUGUUGGAGGAGAGCCGCUGCAUGCAGAAGCGUCUGAAAGCCCUGCAGAAGAAACAGUCUCAGAUAGUGAAAGAGAAGAUCCACCUGCAGGGGGAGCACAGCAAGGCCAUCCUGGCCCGCAGCAAGCUGGAGAGCCUCUGCAGGGAGCUGCAGAGACACAACAAGACACUGAAGGAGGAGAACUCCCAGCGGUCCCGGGAGUACGAGGAGCAGCGGAAGGAGGCCAUGCUGCACUUCCAGAUGACCCUGAGCGACAUCGAGGUGCAGAUGGAGCAGCACAGCUCCCACAACACCAAGCUGAGGCAGGAGAACAUGGACCUGGCCGAGAAGCUUAAAAAGCUCAUCGAGCAGUACGAGCUCCGAGAGGAGCACAUAGACAAGGUGUUCAAGCACAAGGAGCUGCAGCAGCAGCUGAUGGACGCCAAGCUGCAGAGAAUCACAGAGAUGAUGAAAGAAGUCGAGGACAAGCAGCAGAGGGAGAGAGACUUUCUGUUGAAGGACGCCACGGAGUCCAGACGCAAGUGUGAGCUGAUGAAGGAGCAAGAAACGCAGCUCAAACAACAGCUCUCCCUGUACAUGGACAAGUUUGAGGAGUUUCAGAGCACGCUGGCCAAAAGCAACGAAGUCUUCACCACGUUCAGACAGGAGAUGGAGAAGAUGACCAAGAAGAUCAAGAAGCUGGAGAAGGAGACGACCCAGUGGAGGACCAAAUGGGAGAGCAACAACCAGGCGCUGCUGCAGAUGGCCGAGGAGAAAACUCUGCGUGACGGCCACUUUAAGGCCCUGCAGGGGAAGCUGGAGCUGCUGGAGAGGCUGUGCCGCGCCCUGCAGAAGGAGAGGAACGACCUCAACAACCAGCUCAGCAUCCUGCAGGAGCCGGGAGACAAAGGCAGCGUGGUGCUUCCCGAAGCCCCGCCGUCGGAGCCCUCUGCUGGGGGGGAGGGAGAAGAAGAGCAGGAGGAGGAGGAGGAGGAGGAGGGCCAGGCACAGGCUGGCGAGCUGGAGGCGGAUGGCAUCCACCGAGCUCCCCGACCCCCCGAACUGGAGCCCGCGGCGGCUGCUACUGACACAACCAUUACUGUUGCUAUGGCGAUGAGCAGCCAUCCCGCAGAAUCGGCAGUCUCACAGCAGGACUGAAGGAGCCCACACGGUGAGACGGCUGUGAUGGACGGCUCCACACUCCUCCAGCCCAGUUCCAUUUCUAGCCAGAAAUAACGCAUCUUCAACGGGGAUACAUUUUUCUUAACUACAGACUUGCCUCUCCGGGUUUCUACACGGAAACUCAACCCAUACCUUCUCUUCUUUCUUUUUGUUCUGUGCCAUUAGUGAAAGAGGAAUAACAUGAUUGUAUCAAGGAUUCUAUUCUAAAAUGUUGCCCGUGGUUACACUGGUUGUGAGAAUUGGCUUUGUGGCAAGCACUUGGUCCUCCCUGUUUUCUACCAUAACUGUAUUUUCAUAAGCAAUUUCCAUGCAGUCACAUUGUUCAAAGUCAAUUUGGCCAUGGUUGCAACUAGCGACGAUUUCCAUCAUCGAUUAAUCAGUCGAUCGGAUUCUGGAUGACUGGAUUAGCAGUUGGUAGGCGGAAAACGUGACUCAGCGUUUCUCAAAAGUCCACGAUGACGUCUUCAAGUGUCACGUUUUGUUCACAACUGAAAGAUAUUCAGUUUUCUGUCACAGAGGAGAGAAGCAACUAGAAAAUAUUAACAUUUAACAGUCUGCAAUCAGAAUUCCCCCGUUUUUUUUCUGACUGAUUAAUCGAUUAUCAAAAUACCUGCCGAUUGAGUGAGUAGUUGACACCUAAUUAAUUCAGCUUUGCCGUUUUUCUGAAAUUGGCCUUCCAUUUCUCUCUUCACAUGGCCUCACCCUGUAGUGUCACGUCUCGUUGGAAAUUUGAUUUGGGUGUAUUACAUGCAUAAUAUGUUGGUCGCUUUUUAUUAACGUAGCCUUAAUGUCCCCAUAUGAUCUGAAAAGCUGGAAGAGCAAACGGAACAUAGUGUAGAACAAGUUCAAAGUCUGUCUUGGCCACAGGGUAUUAAACAGGAUUUUUUUCUGAUCAUGUCAUAUCAGGUUUUUAAAUUUUCUUUUCAUGGAUCAGACCAAGAAGGGUCAGCAAAAUGAAUGUGCACACGGCCAUGUAACAAGCGGUGGUUUGAAGCUCGGAGACUACAGAUGGUGAGCUACUGUAGCUGUCGAGUUUAACAAACCAACUUUCUGGCAAAAUAGAGAAAACCAGCAGGCGCUGCUGAAAGGAUAGCCAUGACACUAGACCAUCUGGGAAGGAAAGUGUGGAGGCAUUUUAGAUUGAGGAAAAAAAAAAAAGUAAACUUGUAAAAUGCAUCAUAGCUCGUCGCUCAAGCGAUGUAGUGGACGCACCGCUGAUCAAAAACAUUCACUUCAAAUUGGCUUUUGGAAAUAGUGGCAGUGCUGAAGGUCAUAACAAUGGUUGUAUUUCCAGAAUGAAGCCCCCAGUGGUCAAUCCAUGUCAUCUUGAACUGAACUCUGGGAUAUGUAUUAUUAAAGCUCACUUCGGUUACCACAGGUGUCACCAAAAAAGGAUUAGAACUUAAACCGUUUGAUCUUCUGUUAGCUGUUUUCUGUCCCUACUUAGAAAUGUAAUAAGGGAAAAAAAUAUGGGAACUUGAACGAUACAGGUCCAGAACAGUUGUUGCUGGCUUGUUGCCCACUUGGGAGAACUUAAAUGAUCCAGGGAUAAACGCUCAGCAAAUGUCCAUGUGCAAAAUGGGUUGCGUGAUUUUGAUCUGCAUCUCAGCACUUUUUUUUUUUUUUUUAAAUGAACCAAGUCAUUUGAUUUUCAUUCAGCUCAACAGAAAAGAUCUAAGUCAGGAAUUCUGAAACCACUUUAUACUGGAAGAAGAUGGUUUUCUUUUCUGAUGUGAAUAAAACGAUUGAUUUCUAGCAGUGAUGCAUAUCAAUAGGAGGCAUUACAGGAGCUAGUUAUUUAAGGAAACCUCUUGUUAAACAUUGUGGGAUUGUUAGAUCCCACAAGAUUGAUAGAACCCUCUUAAAUCAAAGUCAAUUCACAAACUCCUAUCCUCUGCAGGUUAUUCUAAGUCACUAGUUUUCUUUUAGAGCACCGUUAAAUCUUGAUCACUGCUGACUAACUAGGCAAUGUCUGCUAAUGCAGAGACUCUAAUAACAGAUCUAGUAGCCUUCUUAAUUCUCGAUGCAGAGUGCUCUGCAUCCUUAUUCUUAUUUCUGGGUAUAAUUACAAGACUGAUCCAAGAUCAGCACCUUUGGGCAAUUUUUCCCCCUCUGCAGCACAAACAGAAUUGCUUGUUAACUCAUCAAAAUGUUUGAAGGACAUGAUUCCCACAGCACUUAACUGUUUGUCCGGCCAUCAGUUCUUCACGUGGCUGUCCCUUUUCAACGCUGUAUUUUUAAGUCAGUGAGUGGGCGUGGCCGACAGAUGUUAUUGGGGAAAUAUGUACACAGAGCGACUGUUCGAUAAUUUAGUGUAACCAAGCGUCAUGUCCUUAAAGAUGUUGCCUUGCAGUCCCAGUGUUUUCUACAAUACUACUCAUGCUUUUUAUCUUCACAUUGGGUGGAUUUCAAAACAAAAUUGAUGUGAUGAGGUCAGGUGGCGUGCGUAUUUCUCUUUCGGGUAGAGGACGGGUCUAGUUGGAGGGAAGACGGCAUCCAUAUUCUCUUUCUUUGGCGUUGCCCCAGAUUGACUCUCAGGUAAUGUCAGAAUCUACCUCUGUAGGUGAGACUAACUGUGAAAGAAGAGGCAUGAGUCACCAUAGCUUUGGAGAGCUCUAUUUUUACUAUAAAUGAGCCCACACCCCCUUUGAUUGUACAAUGUUCUUAUAGUCCUGUCUUGCUUUUCAAUAAACAUUUUUGUAGAAUUUG